AUGUAUCGCAAACGAAUAUCAUGUUUGACACUGACCGCCUGGGCGGCAACUGCUAACGCAGGCCGGCGCCUUAUAGCAACCAGCACACAACCUCCAAUAGAAGGCCAUGCAACCAACUCACCUUCACCAGCACCAUACUCAACACCUGCGCCCAUGAUCGACCCUGGGCAUCUGAACAAGAGACAAAGCAUAGGCGUCGAGACGUGUGGAUACCGUACCGAUGCACAAUUCCGCCCCUUUGCAUGCGGCGCCGGCCUGACGUGCACAAACUCCAACAACGUCCGGGCCUGCUGCACCGACUGCGACCACUCGACCUUUGCGACGGGAUGCCUCGACGGCACCCACACCCUCUGCGCCGGCCCCCCCUCGGCCGCGCACCCGAUGCAGCUCUGCUGCACCGACUACGCCGACGUUCCAUUCUGCGCAACCUACCUCUGGUCCACCUCGACCGACACCCUGUCCAUCUACACCAUGUACGUGUGCGAGUCGACCCGCCAGCGCGGCGUGCAGAUCCUCGCCGCCGAGACCCGCGCGCCGAACCAGGGCCCCGCAGCCACCAUCACCGUGCCCAGCUCGACCCCCUCGUCCUGGCCUACACCCGACUGGCCGCAGCCGGGGACGGCUGAGCGCGGUACCCAGGCUGGCGAGGGAGCCCCCGUCGGCGGCGUCGUGGGAGGGGUGCUGGGAGGGCUCGCCAUCCUGGGUGUACUUGUACUGUGGGGCAUCAUCCUGUGGCGGCGUCUGCAUGUUGACAGGGCGGCGCAACCCGGACCCGAUCAGAUGUACAGCCCGCCGCCGGUGCCUUGCAAGCCACAGGGGUCGUCGGCGCCUCUGUGCGAGCUGCCUGGUCAUGAAGUCUGUGAUGUGGAACUUCCGGGCAGUUUGGCGGUCGAGCAAAAGAGGAGACGGUUUUGA